UGCUCCUCCGUCGGUCCAUUCUCUCCUCUCCUCUCUCCUCUGUCCCUGCUCCUUGCCAGGCAUCUCUCCUCACUCCCCCUCAUUCUGCCUUUCCACCCACACGCUGUCUCCUCUCCCUCUCCUCUCUCUCUCCACCUCCGACCCCCCUCCUUUCCUUAUUUUCUAUUGGCUUCUUAUGUCCCCUGCUCUCUUCACAUUCCCAUCACCUUGGGAAGUGACUCCUGCCACCCCCCACUGGGUGCUGUCUGAAGACCCCAUUCUGUGUCCUGCAUCCUCCACAGAGUCCUGGAGAUGGGGGAUGACGGACAAGGUGCAGAAUCUUGGAGCCUCCAUACAGCAGAAUGUCAGAACCAGACCAAGCCAGAUGCAUGCUGCUGUCUGGGCCUACUUGGUGGCACUCGUGAGCGCCCCUUCCUGCUGGGAGUGGAGCAUCUGACAUGCAGCGACCCUGCGAGGGUCUCGGGAUGUGAAUUUGAAGCCUCGGCCCAGGAACGUCCUUGCACUUUGGAGUUUACUUUCUAACAGGCUUGUUUCUGCCAGGAGUAAUUGAUUGCUGACCGGCCUCUCAUUGGCCAUGGCCACGGCUGCCUAUUCUUCAUCGGUGCCCACAACCUUGGACCCUGGGAACACAUCCUCAGCCUGGCCCCUGGGGAACGCAUCUGCUGGUACAAGUCUGGCAGGUCUGGCUGUCAGUGGCAUCUUGAUCUCUCUGGUGUACCUGGUGGUGUGCGUGGUGGGACUGCUGGGCAACUCUCUGGUGAUCUAUGUGGUGCUGCGGCACACAGCCAGUCCGUCAGUGACUAGUGUCUAUAUCCUCAACCUGGCACUGGCUGAUGAGCUCUUCAUGCUAGGGCUGCCCUUCCUGGCUGCCCAGAAUGCACUGUCCUACUGGCCCUUUGGCUCGCUCAUGUGCCGUCUGGUCAUGGCCGUGGAUGGCAUCAACCAGUUCACCAGCAUCUUCUGCCUAACCGUCAUGAGUGUGGACCGCUACCUGGCAGUGGUGCACCCCACACGCUCGGCCCGCUGGCGCACGGCACCCGUGGCCCGCACAGUCAGUGCGGCCGUCUGGGUGGCCUCGGCUGUGGUGGUACUGCCUGUGGUCAUCUUUUCGGGAGUCCCCCGGGGCAUGAGCACAUGCCACAUGCAAUGGCCAGAGCCAGCAGCUGCUUGGCGAGCAGCCUUCAUCAUCUACACGGCUGCAUUGGGCUUCUUUGGGCCCCUGCUGGUCAUCUGCUUAUGUUACCUGCUCAUUGUGGUGAAGGUGCGGUCGACCACACGCCGGGUGCGGGCGCCAUCUUGCCAGUGGGUGCAGGCACCUUCUUGCCAGCGGCGGCGGCGUUCUGAGCGCAGGGUCACGCGCAUGGUGGUGGCCGUGGUGGCGCUCUUCGUCCUCUGCUGGAUGCCCUUCUAUUUGCUCAACAUCAUUAACGUCGUGUGCCCACUGCCGGAGGAGCCUGCCUUCUUUGGCCUCUACUUCCUGGUGGUGGCGCUGCCCUACGCCAACAGCUGCGCCAACCCCAUCCUCUACGGCUUCCUCUCCUACCGCUUCAAGCAGGGCUUCCGCAGGGUCCUGCUGAGACCGUCACGUCGUGUACGGAGCCAGGAGCCAGGGUCCGGCCCUCCAGAGAAGACUGAGGAGGAGGAGGAUGAAGAGGAAGAGGAGAGAAGAGAGGAGGAGGAGAGGAGGGCUCAGAGAAGGAAGGAGAUGAACGGAAGGGUCAGUCAGAUGGCACAGCCUGGCACCAGUGGACAGGAGCCCAGCACAGGAUCUGCCAAGGAGCUGCAGCUUCUACCCCAGGAGGCUGCAGCUGGGGACAAGCCUAGCACCCUGAGCCACCUGUAAGGACUUCAGAGGACCAGCAAUGGCCCAGAGAAAGGCAGAGGCUGUGCCUGGCUUAAGGACAUGAGUACCAGCUACAUGCAGUGGUCUGAGCAAGCAGCGGCUUAAGCUACUUCAUUGACACCGCUGUCCUGGCCAUCCUUGGGCCGCCGAGGUUCAGGGUCCAAUGACGGAAUGUUCAGGGGCCUAGGUUCUGCCCCUCUGUGCUGGGGCCUGCUGUGUGCCCUUUGGCAGGUCCUCUGCCCUCUCUGGGCCUCGCUUUCUUCUUUUGACUCAGGGAUGGGUACAAUGAGGCCCGGAUGGGCCCUGUCAUGAGGGGUCUGGAGGGUGUUGUUACUGGGGGGACUCUCCCGAGCCCAAGUUAAGGUGAUGUGGGCAGGCUGACCAAGAAACAAGGUAUCUUGGGUGUUGGUCUGUACCUUGGCCCUCAGGAAGGCACAGCAGGGCUUGGAGAAUCAGGGAUGCAGGUGAGCUGGGGCCUUGGCUGAAGCCCAGAGGAAGUGUAAGACUGUAGGAUGGGAUGCUCCUGCUUAGGACCCAGCUCAGCCCUUCCCAUGCUGCUGUGUGGCCUUGGCCACUCUGUUCCUACCUAAGCUUCCUACCUCUUCUGCUGGACAGCCCAAUGUCCUACAGGUCCUCAUCCCAGUAUCUCAGUGCUGGGCCCUCCUGUGCUCCUGGACGUGAAGAGAGGAGGUUUUCAGACGGCAGACGAAGCCAAGCUUCAGGGGGUCUCACUAUUUGGACCCCUCUGGGGCCUACAUCUGACGUAUGCUUCUAAUUUUGUAUUCCUCUUCUGGGGAGGGACCACACACCGCACAGGCUCAGGCCACCCACAGCCUGACUCACCCUAUUUAGGCCAGGUACCUUGUCCCCAGGGCAGAGACUGUGGCAGCCUGAGGGGAUGAGAGAUAGAAGGAGGAGGGUGGCCAAGAUGAAGGAGAGGGAGCAGAGGCAGUAAUAAGGGGAGGGGAGAGGCGGGAGGAGAGAACAGAGCUGUGCUGUGAUCUUGAACCAACCUUCGCCCCUUGGGCUAAGCUCAGUUGCAGCAUUGAUGGUCAUCAGGAAGGGUCUGUCUGCGGCGUUGAGGAGAGGGGCCGCAAUGGAGUUCAUAGGAAUGGGCCUGGCUCCUCAUAAACCCUUGGUGGGGGUCAGAGCUCCCCAUCCUCUGUGUUCCCAGGGCUCCAAACACUGUAAAGAGGAUAAUGGGCUGUCAUGGGGAGUAAGUAGCCGCUGCCCCAGGCUGAGCCAGGACUCUACCCUUCCCCCUCCCAGAGAUGGCCCUUUUGGUCCCAACAAAGUUGGCCUUGGAGAGGUUGGAGCUUCUGCCUAAACCCCCACCUUACUCUGCAAAGGUAGGGUCCUCAGGGAACCCACAAAUCCAGAAGCUGAGAAACCUGGAUCUUCUAUUCACCUCAAGCUGCUUGGCAGGGCCCUCCCCCUCUGGGUCUCAGUAUCCUCACCGUGGUGUGGAUGUGGUUCCCUAGCUCGCCAGUCUGCUGGAAUCCAGGAGGAAACUGAGUCACGCUGGCUAAGCCACUGCUCACCACGAUGGGGCUACUUACGGGAUGCAAAGUGGAGGUACCCCCAACUCAGGCUAAGCCCACAUCCUGCCCCUUCAGUGAGUGAUCUCUGUGGCAGCUACUGGGGUGAAGGUAUUCGUGAGAAAUGAGGUGCAGGAGGUCAGUGGCCGAGGGUCAGAAAGAAUGCAGGCCACCCUGGGAGGAGGAAGUUUGCAAAACUCAGGCAUGUGUGGAGCGUGAGGCCCAGCCCUGAGGUUCCUCUGAGGAGGAGCUUGGGCAGAAGUGAGCAGCCCAACCUCCCUGGAUGGGGCAGGGGAGCUGUGCCUUGCAAAAGGAGUUGGGUGGCCAACUGGGAAAUCCUUUGCUGCUUCUGACCCCAGCUCCUGUCAAUAAAUAUAGUGACUAAGCCA